AUGACCCUCGCCUCCGCGCCGGACCCAACCUCUCCCCCGUCCUUCUCCGAAGACGCAGCAACAACCACGACGACGACGACGACUACAUCCAACACGACGACUCCAGCCCUGCAGCAAGAAGACGCCACGCCACCGACGGACCAGGAAGUCCACGAGAUCACCGCCCACAUCGCCUCAGCCGCCAAGAACCCGCCCGCCGCUACGGCUGCAACGUCAGCAGCAGCUGCUGCUGCUGCUACUGCCGCCGCCACCGGCGUUACUAACGAAGACGACGCCGCCGACAACGGGGUCCUGAUCCUUGGGGACCACGACGACGACUUCCAAGAGGUUACGAGCUACUGGGAUGCUGAGGCAAUGGCUCCCCUAAACGCUGUAUCUGCGGCGGCCAUCGCGCGGCUGCGCCGCUACAUCCCGCCGCCCUUCCCCCUCUGGGACCGCCUCCCCGUCAGCCGCCGCGCCGCGGUCCUCAUCCUCCUGUACGCCGACCGCCGCGGCGACCUCCGCGUCGUCAUCACCAUGCGCGCCGCCAGCCUGCGGAGCUUCUCCGGCCACGCGGCCUUCCCGGGCGGCAAGGCGGAUACCGUCGAGGAGACCCCGUACGAAAUAGCCCGCCGCGAGGCGUGGGAGGAAAUAGGCCUCCCCAUGGACGACGCCCGCAUCCCCAAACCCUUCAAGAUCGAACCCCUCUGCUACCUCCCCUACAACCUCGCCCGCACCGAGCUCGUCGUCCGCCCCUGCGUCGCCUUCCUCCACGCCGACGAGGAGCCCGACGAGCACCCCAGCCCCCUCGUCGAGGAGCGCAUGAUCCCCCGCCUCGACGCCAAGGAGGUCGCCGCCGUCUUCUCCGCCCCCUUCCAGAACUUCCUCCGCGCCCGCGACCCCGAGAAGCCGCACGGCAGGGCGCCGCUGCCGCCCGGUCACUGGUACGACGGCAACUGGAUCCAGUGGAAGGAGCACCCCUGGCGCGUCCACAACUUCUACGUCCCCGUCGACGACCAGCGCGUCACCACGCCCGGCAACGCCAUGGAGGCCGACCACCCGCAGAGCAACCUGGCGGAGAGGCUCGAGGAGGAAGGGGAGAAGGGCGGGCGGUUCAAGGUGUGGGGGCUGACGGCGCACAUGCUCGUCGACGCGGCGCGCAUCGCGUACGGCAAGGACCCCGAGUUCGAGUGCAACCCGCACUUCGGGGACGAGGAGAUCAUCCUGCAGGCGGAGAAGGAGGGCAGCCUCGUCGACAAGAAGAGGAAGAGGGAUGAGGUCACGGCGGGGUCGGCGGCGACGGAGGAGAAGAAGGAGAAGACGGAGCCCGCCAAGAUGUAA